AUGCCCGACGUAACCAGUAAAGGUGUAGAGCCAGGUGGAAUGUUGAAACGUACAGCAACCUCAACCACAGCACCCGCUACACCAUUUGUUGGCUUGGGGGGAGUUGAUGUGAGUGCCACACAGCCAAAUGCAGCGGAUCUAAAGCAAUAUAGUGUAAAGGUUAAAGAAACACUUGUACCCGAUGAGAUCGCCAAAACAGUAGACGCACUUAAAUCUCAUGUGAGGGCGCAAAAAACACUUUCUUCCGAUAUUGCGGGCACAUUAACAUCACAUCUUCUCAAUGUAUCCCACGGAAUAAACCACAUUCAAUGGGCAUUGCAGGAAAUUUCCAACUCAGUAGAUACAAAUUACAGGCAAAUAAAGUUACUGCGGAAGGAAACUGCGAAAACUAUACAGGCGGUGGAGAUAGCUCAACGCACACAAAAAAAUACAUUGGCUGGCCAUCAGCUUGAGAAUAUGGCAGCUUUUCAAUUUUUCCAGAGUAUGGUCACUAAGAAUGAGCAAGAUUUGAUUAACUUCCGACAGCAAAUAUCACUCACUGAGCAUCAUAUGCGUGCGCUAGCCAACCCACAGACAGUAUCGCCCGAUGAUUUAAAGCGUGGUUUUCGCCAAAUCCACGAGAGUUUCGUUUCACUCGCUGGACGUUUGCAUGAACUGCAUCAAAAAGUAGAAACUCAAAAAGAACAAUUUCUCAACUUGCGAAAGUAUCGUUUGCGUGAUACCACAAAUGUGUUUGAUAAGAUCGACAAUCCGGAGAGCAAAUUUGAUUCCAUGGAUAUCACCUGUGGGCCAACAUCAUUCUCCGAUAUGUCAGCGUUGAGUGCAUUUGGAAAGAGUUUUGGUAAGACCUCUGCUGGCGCGGCGGAUGCAAGCGGGAAAGCUGCGGCAGCGGACGUAGUCGGUUUAGAUAGUUUAAUAAAAAAUUAGUUUUUUUGGCAUUGAAAGUUAUUUUGUAUUGUUUUUUGCAGUUUUGGUAUGAGAUAUAUUAUAUUUCAAACUCGAGUGUGUUCUUCGAAUUUAACGUUGGAAAUUCAAAUUGAACAAAGAAUUUGUUUGAAAUUUUGUUAUUCCAACAAAAUUUCGGCUUCAGACGCCUUAAAAAUGUUGCAGACAACCUAUGGGGACUCUGCUCUAUCGCGUGCACGUGUUUUCCAGUGGUACAAAUCGUUCAAAGAGGGCCGUACAUCGGUUGAAAACUUGCCUCAUGAACGUCGUCCAGCAACAUCAGUAAACGACGAAAACAUCGGAAAAGUAAAGGAAAUUGUGCUUGAAAAUCGCACAAAUCGCAAAAUCGGUUAACGCUGAAUAUUAUUUAGACGUUUUAAAGCAUUUGCGCGAGAACAUUCGUCUUAAAAGGAAGGAAUUGUGGGACAACAAGUCAUGGUUCUUGCAUCACGAUAAUGCACCAGCUCACACAUCAUGUCUUAUUCGCGAUUAUUUGAACAAAAAUAAUGUUAAUAUCGUUCCGCAAGCACCGUAUUCGCCUGAUAUGGCUCCAUGUGACUUUUUCCUGUUUCCCAAGCUCAAGUUGCCGCUCCGUGGAAAACAUUUUGAGACAAUUGAAGUCAUAAAAGAGAAUUCGAAGAACACACUCGAGCUUGACUUGUUUACAGUAGCACAGAAAACAAACUACAUAUGUGACAUAUCACGCUGAAAUUUGCCAUGUAAGCUUAUAACAGUCGUACCAAAAAACAAAAAAUUUAUUUUUGCCAUAUGUCAUCCGCGGACCGUUUUAUUGAUAACGUCUCGUUCAUAUUUGAGCAGAAGGUAUGUAUAUUUAUUUGUAUAUGUAUCAAGACUAAAUGUAAUUAAAUAUUAUAAGGGAGGGCCUACAAUCUGCCAGUGCAAAAGCAAUAUGUAACACAAUCUCAACGCAAUAGUGUGAACGGCAUUUAUCAUUUCUUAAAGGAUAAUGAAAUGGAGGAGAAAAUACUUUUUCGAUGGUUUCGGUUCAAAGUAUAAAUUGGACGAUAUUUGGCUGAAUCACUUAAGUUUUUCUUAAACCUAUUUCCCAAAAAUAAUUUUAAGCUAGCAUCAAAAAUCUUUUUCAAAUUUUGAUUGAUAAUUUUAUUUGG